AUGAGUCAAUCUAAUCCAGAUAUUGCUGGCUCCCUUGAGAUUGUAGGAAAUAUCACGCAGAGAAAACGUAAACAACCUGAGUCAGAGUUCGCCGAGGCCAUUAGGACAUUGUCACAGGAAAUUAACAAAAAGUUAGACGACUGGCGUGGUGAUCUAGACUGCGCAAUAUCCAAAAUAACAGACAAUAUAACAAAUAUUAAAGCUGAUCUGGCCACCGUAACCCAAGUUACUUGCGAUAUCAAAACUGACUUAAAGACUUUGCGUUGCGAACACAGUGGCUUAGAGAAUAAGGUGUGUAGCCUAGACGCUAAACACAAUGGGCUUUUGAAAGACGUGGAAACUCUCAGCAAUUCUGUCCAGUAUACCAUGGACGAACAGGACGACCUUAAGAAAAAGAUUGAACACAUUCGGUCUAUAAACACAGAAACCUUUACCGAUUUGAUUACUUGCCUUGAAGCUAAGAUCGAUUCUCUUGAACAACAAGCCCGUCAAUGUAACCUGGAGCUAUGCAAUGUUCCGGAAAAGC